AUGAUAUUUGGAAUUGGAAUUGAUAUUAUCCAUUUACCGCGUAUUAAAACUCUAUUAACGCGUAGACCGACGUCCCUUUUACAAUUUUCUAAAAGAAUUUUAUCAGAUAGAGAGCUGAAAGAAUUUAAUGAAAGAGAUGCGCUCGACAAUAAUGUUAAAUUUCUGGCUGUUAGAUGGACUUUAAAAGAAGCGGCUUAUAAAGCUUUAUUUCCUUAUCAUCGAAAACCGCAAUUAAUUAUACACGAACAAAAAGCAAUUAACAUUAGUAACGUUCAUUCUUCUGUUUCACAUGAUGGUGAAUAUGUCAUCUCGCAAGUUUUAAUUGAAGUAGUUGCAGGAUUAUUUUUAUUUUUGAGGAUUAUGGCUACUGCUAAAAUUGCAAUUGAACCAACUGACUUUAGAACUGCUGCCAUAACACAACAUUGGAACGACCCACCGCAAAAAAUAUUUCAUAAAGAUGAAAAUGAUCAUAAGCAACUAGAUUCUUCUCAAGUUUAUUUUAUAAUACAAAAUAUUCUAGAAAUUUGUAAGGAAAACGCAAAGAAUUCUGAUAAAAAGAUUAUUCUUGAUACCGAAAAAAGAUUAGAAACUUUAUAUGAAAAGUUAGAAAGUAGACAAUUAUCUGAUUCCGUACUUGGCAGAUUAGGUAAAUUAUGUGAAUAUUUGGAAUUAAAGGAUUUAAAUAAUUCUAUUACAAUUCAUGGAAAUUUAAUGACUACAGAUUUUGAUAAAGAAGGCAAAUGGUUAUUAGGAAUCAAGAGAUUAUUAGAUUUAUAUCAAAAAACUUUAAAAUAA